GGGGCGGGCGCUGCGUGGAGGGGUGCGCCGCGGCGCGCCAGUCUCGUGCCGGUAGUCGGUAGUGCAGCCGAGCGACUCCGGGAGCCGUCCCCGCCGCGUCGUCGCUCGCUCGUAGUCGUAGUGCGCCGCCCGGCCCGCCCCGCGCCGCCGGCCUCAGAGCCCAUGGAAACCCAGAAUCAGGAUGUGGCCAGAAGCCCCGCUGAGGUGCCCAACGACCCGGGGAAGAUGUUCGUCGGAGGCCUCAGCUGGCAGACUAGUCCAGAAAGUCUUCGGGACUACUUUAGCAAAUUCGGCGAAAUCACAGAAGUUAUGGUUAUGAAAGAUCCCACAACGAGGCGGUCGAGGGGCUUUGGUUUCAUCACAUUCGGCGACCCAGCUAGCGUAGACAAAGUUUUAGCUCAAGCAACACACGAAUUAGAUGGCAAAAAGAUUGACCCCAAAGUGGCCUUCCCCAGGAGAGCACACCCAAAGAUGGUCACCAGGACAAAGAAAAUCUUCGUAGGAGGGCUAUCGGCACCCACAACGCUUGAAGAUGUAAAGAAUUACUUCGAACAAUUCGGACCGAUCGAGGACGCUAUGUUAAUGUUCGACAAACAAACCAAUAGGCACAGAGGUUUCGGAUUUGUCACGUUUCAAAGUGAAGACAUAGUAGAUAAAGUGUGCGAAAUACAUUUUCACGAAAUAAACAACAAAAUGGUGGAAUGCAAAAAAGCACAACCGAAAGAAGUAAUGCUCCCAGCAAACUUGGCGAAGACGAGAGCCGCCGGUCGCGGCGCGUACGAUUUCAUGUGGUCAUUGGGUGCUCUUCCUGACGGUUUCCCCGCAGCGUACGCCGCCUACGCGGCAGGACGUAGCUAUUCGGGCUAUCCUAGCUUCGGGCUGCCAUACCCUGCAGUUGACCUGACCAACGGCCAACUGACACCGAACAACAACACACCGCUGCUCGCGCAGGCGCUCUCAGUGAUGAACAAUUACCAAGCCGCUGCAGCUGGGUUUGGCCCGCCGGCCUCGCCGCAUGCUGCCGGGGGCCGCGCCGGCUUCCCGGCCGCCAGCUCGCCGGGCCCGGCGCUGGACGUGUACGGCUCCGCCGCUGAUAGCGUUGGCUAUGUGCAAGCCGCUAGCCCGCAACCCUCUGGAUUCCCGGCUAUCGCCGUAAGCCGUGCUCCUCUCAAUUACACCCCAGGACCCCUGAUUCCUGCGGCUUUUACCAACGGAUAUCAUUGAAAGUGUUAUAGCACAAAAAUUUUACGUGGCGAGCGGAGUGGCGGCGCCUAGCGUCCUCCGAGCGCUCGCUGUUGGCCGCCGCCGCGCUGCGCCCGCGCACCUCCCGCCCCGCGCCGCGACGGAGCCUGGCCGCACACCGGGCCUCCCCACAACACCACUCCGUCAACCAAGGCGUCUCAUCACACCACCCCCUCCCAACAAUCCCAACAUCCCCUCGUCCCCGUCAUCCUGCCCCCCUCCCCCCCACACACACACUCCCCCCCACCGACUCGGUCUCAGGACCUCGUCUAUUGUAAAUAACGAUAAUCUACUUUUUGUCGUGUGAACGAGAGAUAGUCUAUCGAUUGAACAGGUAUUUUUUCAAAUUUUUCUCGCUUUCGACUGUACCGUAGAUGUGUUGUCAGAGUAAACGAUUUAAACUACAAAAAAAAAUACAUUUCAUAAUUAUAUAAAGUGCAUCUAGACGAUUUUAUUGCAGGGAGGUAUAUCUUAAAUAUUUUAUUAUUCAUAGUUGAAUUACAGCGUAAGGUGUAAAUGGUCCUCGACGCGCGGGACUCGUAGUGGAAGGUGUUAUUUCUUUGUGCAUUGUAUUCGUACGUUGGGUGGGUGGGCGCGUGUGCGCUGCGCCGGCGCAGGCGGGGCCCCGCGCAUGCGCGCACGAUGCCGGUGACAAUAACGCGACCGCCGCGCGCCUCCCCGCUCGUCCACCUACACAUAUUUUAUUCUAUCUAUUUUUAAUAUUAAUGUCAAAUAUUAACAUAAUUAUUAUACUACUAUAAUUAUAUUACGCAUAUUUUACCUAUGAAUGUAAUUAUUUUCGCCUAAUUCGAAUUGUAUAAAAUCACCUCUUUGAACGGCUGUUCUGUUUCAGUAGCGAUCAAGUUUCUCGAUUACUUCCGUAUAAGACUACGUUAGUUACGCGUAUACAUACUUUCUAAUAUUAUGUACUAUGGUAUAAAAUUUUAUCCUAAGGAUAAUAUGAUCAUAUUUACGAUUCAUAAGGACGUUUGGAAAGCUAAGUCGGAACAUUUCAGAAUAUCUCUCAUCGCGUUAAGAUAAUUCGUUUCUAUCUUGUACCUUUGAAAGUAGGUAUUGUAAUUAUAAUAAAUAACAAUUUUGUGCAUUACGUAAUAAAUAUUUCAUUGUUUCUUACAUUGUAUUUACCGUAUUAUAAGACCACUGUUGAGAAAAUAACAACGGCUCCACAUUAAUAAGGAGUCACACCGUACUUAGUUGUAUUUAAAAUUUUAAUCAACAUAAUAAUAACCAGUAAUAUUUCGUACAGACAACAAUAUAGUAACACGACACAAUCAU